GAGCAAUAAUGAAGUUACAUCUACUGCCACUUUUGGUUUUGGUCCUCCUUAGCCUGGCUGAAGGAAGACGAAAGAAGAGGGAAAUCGAAAUUUGGGUACGACCAGAUCAGCCACCAGAUAGCUGUCCAUAUGGAAACUGUCCUUAUGGACAAACUUAAACUGUUCUACGGCCUGUUUUAAAAAACAAUUUUAAAUAUUGUCGAUUUCAUUGAAAUUGUUUCGAUGAAACAAUAAAAGUACUGCUGGCCAUUGCUUUAUUUAA